AUGUCCUUCCAACCACAGCGCGGCGUCCCCUCCUUCCAGGCUUCCAACGUGUACCAAGAUCCCCGCGCUCGCGCCAACCAGAACUCUCAGGGCCUAGCUGGACUCGGCAUCUCGAAUAAAGUUGGCGGAUUCUUUGAGCCCGACCGAACGCUACCAAUGUACAAGGAUAAACCGUACUUUACCCCCAAGCGCACAGCUCCCCGAAAACGAUGGCGGCCGAUAUUUGUCCUAGGUCUGUGCGCAUUGGUGUUUCUGUGGUACUACAAGACAUCUGCGCCAGUAUGGAAAACUGCAGAUCUAGGGGAACCCGGAGUGGAAUUAUGGAAGUGGUCGCAGACUUUGGAGAGUGAAGCGCCGUCAAAGGGGCAGGUCGACUGGGCUGCGCGUCGCGAGAAAGUUCGGGAUGUCUUCAAAAUUAGCUGGGAUGGCUAUGAGAAGGAGGCAUGGGGUUUCGACGAAUAUAACCCGGUGUCGGGCAAGAACAGAAACAUGGUCAAGGAUGGCAUGGGCUGGAUCAUCGUUGAUGCACUUGACACCAUGAUCCUCAUGAACCUCACUUCUCAGGUGCGACAUGCGCGAGAGUGGAUUUCCACAUCCUUAAGAUACGACCAAGACCAUGACGUGAGCACAUUCGAGACAACAAUUCGCAUGUUGGGAGGUCUGUUGUCAGCACAUUAUCUAUCGACGCAAUAUCCGACUUUGGCGCCCAUCGCAGACGACGAUGUCGGUGCUGCUGGGGAAGACCUGUACAUUGAGAAAGCCACUGAUCUAGCAGAUCGAUUACUCGGUGCCUUCGAGUCCCCCACUGGGAUUCCGUAUGCGAGCGUGAACUUGAACAAAUCGGAAGGGUUGCCUUCACAUGGUGAUGGCGGUGCAUCGUCUACGGCGGAGGCAACAUCGAUCCAGCUUGAAUUCAAGUAUUUGGCCAAAUUGACUGGUGAGGCCGAAUAUUGGAAAGCUGUGGAGAAGGUGAUGCAGGUUUUGGACGAACAACAACCCGAGGGCGGCCUUGUCCCAAUCUACAUUCAUCCCCAAACGGGCAAGUUCAGAGGCGAGAAUAUUCGCCUGGGUAGCCGGGGUGACUCGUACUACGAAUACCUUAUCAAACAGUAUCUACAAACAUCUGAACAGGAACCUGUCUACAAGGAAAUGUGGGAUGAAUCCUUGCUAGGUAUUCGAAAGCAUCUACUUGCCUUCUCUAAGAAUGCGCAAUUGAUGGUCCUGGGAGAGCGUCCUGACGGCUUGGGCGGUAGUCUCUCCCCUAAGAUGGACCAUCUAGUAUGCUUCCUUCCCGGUACAUACGCACUAGGUGCUACAGGCGGCAAGCCAUUAUCGGAGGCAAGAAAGUCCCCCGCCUGGUCUCAGCAACGUGAAGAAGAGAUUUUGAUCUCUCGGGAAUUGAUGAAGACCUGCUGGGCCACUUAUUUGGCGACAGCCACAGGUCUUGCGCCAGAAAUUUCUCAUUUUAUUUUGGACAGCCCUCCUGUGAUGAUGGCAGACAAAUACCCAGAUCCCAGAACACCGUCUGAAGCUGGAGUACCACAUGAAUUACGCUCCAUCUCUCAGACAUUAUCGCCCCAGGCUGACGGCUCUGAGCCAUGGCGCAAUGAUAUUGAAAUCCACCGCAUGGAUCGCCAUAAUCUCCAGCGGCCGGAGACAAUUGAAUCUCUGUUCUACAUGUACCGCAUCACUGGGGAUGAAAUCUACCGGGAGUGGGGAUGGGAUAUGUUCAAAGCCUUUGUCAAACACACUGCUGUAAUCGAGAACGAAGGCUCGGACAUCGAAAAUGGCAAAGUCCAGACUGUAAAACGCAUUAAGGGCUUUACCUCGCUUUCCAAUGCGAACACUAUCCCCCCGGAAAGACGAGAUAACAUGGAGAGUUUUUGGAUGGCCGAGACGCUCAAGUACUUCUACUUGUUGUUCUCGGAUCGGGGUUUCAUAUCUCUUGAGGACCAUGUUUUCAAUACCGAGGCGCAUCCGCUACCUCGCUUCAAGCCUACCGGUGAGCUGAGGACCGGCUGGCAGCGAAAAACGAACACACAGAUAGAACAGUAG